AUGGAGGAAAUAGUGAUUGUGUUUACAAUCGCCUACGCGCUUGUUUCACUGUGUUUUGUGGCGCCUCCAAGAGAGUUUGUCAGUGCAGGUUUAACCGUGCAGAAUAUCCUGUCUGGAUACUUAGGGAGUGAAGAUAUGGAUGUUGUUGGUUAUCAUUUGAAAAGAACUACUUCCACUGUGUUACUUCACUCAUUGCUUCCACUUGGUAAACAUGAGCACCAAGCUAAGAUAGUUAGAUACUUUUAUUUUUAUCUUUUCUACCAUUCUAUUUAAUAUUCAAAUCCCGUCUCCCCUCUACUGGAGGUACAAUUGAAUUGUAACUUGCAGGAAUUUUUUGGUGCCGACAUAUUUCUUCCCUAAUUAGAGACAGGGAGAAUCAUCAAACGUUGGUGCUGACGUACAUGUACAGCUGUUUAAUACCGUCCCUUCAGCAGAAAAUUAAUGGGAGGAAUUUUAGAAUACCUCAUUACUUAUCCGAACGCUUUAAAGAACGACGCACAACACAAUGUUCAGGUUUUGUUUUUAAACGAGAUGCAAACAAAUGGCCGGGUAAUCUGACCUGUCAGUCACACAGGCUGGAGAAAACAUAAAAAUUAAAACCAAGUAAAACUCUUUUGUGAAAUGGAUUUAUUAAAUGAGAAAUCUUUCUGAAACUUAUUUUGCACUCCAGAAGAAUAUGGCAUAUUCAUGUUUUUCUUUUUCCUUUUUUUCUUACACUCAGGUUACUAUAUUUGUUUGGGACUGGUUUCACCCAGACUUCAGUUGUUUGACCCAGCAAGAGCAGGAUUAUCUGCUAAUAUUUGUCUUUUAGCGUGUUUGAGUAUUGCUCUUGGUGGUGCGGUUUGUGCUAGAUAUUGGUCUUGGAAUAAAUGGUAAGUUCAUGAACAAGGUGUAUGUUGACAUGAUGCAAAUGAUCAGGCUGAUUCUUUAAAACUGUUUAUUUACUAAAACUGACUAAACUGCAGUGUUAAUCUCAGAAAACUCAAUAUUAUUGUCUGUCAACAGUUGAGACAUGUAUUACAUGUAGCUAUAAAUCUAAAGGGCAUUUAUCUGCAUCAGUUGACCUAAACAGUACAAAACUACUGCAAGAGACUGCAUUAUUGUGUAAAAGAAAUAAAUAAUUAUUACCAUUCAGCUAGCCUACGUUACAGGUGCCGGUUAUUAUAUUUUUUACAGGCUGCGUGAGAGGCAAAUGUGAAUAUAGCUCUGCCGUCACUGUUGCAAUUUGGCCGAGGGAGGUUGUCUCUUGUCGCAAUUUCAUUUUACGUGCCUUCGCUACUUUUUGGGCCAUGUCGCUUGUUGGAAUUUACCCUGGCAGGGCUUCUGUAAACACACAAGCAGCAUGACAACGGCUAAAAAACUGUUUGAAUCAUGCUUGCAAGAAUAUUUAAAGAAGCUUAGCUGGAAAAGAUUUUCGAUUUCAGUUUUCAUUUUUGAAAAGCAUUGUGCCAUCUUUUAUGGUAAAGAUCUCUUGGCAGUAUUACUAGCUGGGUUCCGAGAAAGUUUAAUUUUUCAUUUUAUUAAAUUUUGAAUUGGGGUUCAAAGACUGGAGCUGUCUCUGCAAGCUUUGUCAUUAUUUCCCUGCUGCAAAGCAGCUGAGGUAACUUCUACGGAAUUGUCAGUGUGUUAAUGGAAGAAAAACUGGACUGUUUAAAAGAAAUAUAGCAAGGAAAGUAUAACAUCACAUAUGUGUCAGCUGAAGCAGUGAUGUACAAAGGAUUUAUGAUUGAAAUUGCUAACACUGCCCAACGCAAAUAUAGCAGUGUCACAUUCGCGUUUGUGACUGCGGACCACGGUAGUGGUAGUUGAGGAAUAUUUCAGUGGCCAGUUAAUCUGAAGUUUAGUGUCAUUUGCUUUAUGCAGGUAUAACCAAAAUACAAAAGUUUAUAUUUUCCUUUGGGUUUGUCGUCGGUUAAAAUUAAUGAUGUUAGAUGAUCGCCUUUCAAUCAAUUUUUUGUCAGUUGAAGCAGCACUGUCACAUUGGGGCGUAAUUGGAAAACCAUGGUCUCCACGGCAGGCGCCUCCUCUCCUUUUUCUCCCUUUGUGCGUCCUCUACAUUUCUUCCUUCGCCCUAAAAAACCAGUGCUUGCUACGCGGGCUACCAUUCAGCUAAAAUAUAUUUCUGUAUUUAGAAAUCAAUUUCUCACAUUGUUUUCAUAAGAAAUAUAUACAGAACAGAUGCAGAACACUUACAUUGAUAUUAGGGGCUAAUGAUAGAACUGCACUUUAUAAAUCUUUUAAAAGAGGUGCUACAUAAUUUUGUUUUGUUUUUGUCCAGGUCCCACCAUCCUUUUGCAAAACUGUUACUUAAGCAUGGAAGCCCUUGGAGAGCUGUAGCAUCAAGUGUUAACAUAGAAUUCCGUCGCAUCACAAAGUUUUCUUCAAUAAUUGGAGGCACCAGCCUUUACAUCACAGACUCGUGGAUAAUUAGGUGCUCGGCAUACAAAAUAGACAUUGCCCAUCAACCUGAUGUCCACUUGUCAAUCAUUCAUGCAGAAGACCAUGCCAUUUCUCAUGAGAGUAGCGUUGCUGUGCAGUUCUUGAAUAUCAAAGUUUCUAGCAUCACGCCAGGGGUUAAGCCCUUUGUUAUUAGACUGAACUCCACAGAUUAUGGCGACCUGAGGGAAAAGCUGCAAGCUCCAAUCAGAAAUGCAAGGAAUGUUGUAAUACACCAGUCACUUAGCGACAAGUUUAUUGAGGCUUUUAAGGAGCAAGUUGCACAGAAUGAUUCCUAUCACUUACAGGAUGGAGAAGAGGUGUGUACUGUUUGUAGGAAGGUUCUAAAAAAGGCAAAGCUCAAAACAAAAAUCAUUAAUCAAGAUCAUUGUUUAUUUUCUCUUAGGAUAAUCAAAAUGAAUUACUAUUGCCUUGAGUUUCAUUUGUGAGAGUGGUUACCUCCUCAGAUAUCAUAUUAAAUACAAAAAAUUCCAUUCCUGGCUAUCUAACCUCAUUAACCUAAGCUAGGGUGUAGUAAAGAAAAAGCUAAGCAGUCUUAUUUACUAGUACAGCUGGCUUUUUACUCAACUACUCCUUUGUAAUUUCCCCUCGAGUUUACUUUCCUUGCAUUUUGAACUGGUGGUAAGCUCUCUUUCAGUCCAUGAAAUUCACCAGCAAACUGCUUCUUAGCUUCAUCCCCAGUUGAGCUGUUUGCCUUGGAAUUCUACCAGCUGUAAAAAGAGUGAAAAGAGUUUCACUUGUAGUCAUUGUCCUUUUCCUAUCUAUUUUGUAAAGGCUAGUCUGUUUUCCUUGCAUUUUUUCUUUUCAAAGGUUUCUGUGUAUAUUUUGUUGUAUGUACACUGUACCAAACUAAUGUGGUAUGGCCUGAACAUCCCAGAAUUUAAUUCAAAUUAAUUAUACAUUAUACAUCCUUAAUCAUCUAUUUUUGUCUUUUAGGAGCCUGAACCAUGUAUUGGCUGCAUGCAAGCACCUGCAAAUAUCAAACUACAGAAACUGUGUGCUUCAGCUGGAGAGGGACAAUGUGUGCCCUGUUAUUGCCGUCCAAUGUGGUGUAUAGACUGUAUGGGCAAAUGGUUUGCCAGUCGACAAGAUCAGCACCAGCCUGAGGGGUGGUUAGCAAGUACCUCGCCUUGUCCAACUUGUAGAGCAAAGUUUUGUAUACUUGAUGUAUGUUUGGUUGGUAGAUGA